CCCCAAGCAAUGGACUAAUCCAUGCAUGUCAUUUUCUCCUUUCCUAAAUGCUGAUUUCUCCUCCUCCUUCUUCUUCUUCUUCUUCUUCUUCUUCUUCAUCAAGAAGAUACAAUGGAAGGUUUGGGCAUCUGCUUUUGUUUCUUCUUUAUGUAGAAUUGUGAGCAGUCAUAGUAUCUCAACUCAUCUGAUCAUAUAUUUGAGAGUAAUCGACUGUCUUUUCUGCAAACCUAAUAUGAGAAGCAAAGUCCGCAGCAAUUGCAGAAGCAGGCUUGUAGGCUGAUGCAUCCCCUGACACGAUCUCGUUGACACUGCUGCUCCAAAAAGUCAAAAAGGCAGAUCCAUUCCAUCACCUGAUAUGAUCGAUCCUGCAACACAUACAUCGAUCCUUCUUCUUCCCCCAAUACACAAGCAAUUCUACUACAACCCUUCCUUUCGUUUCCUCUUCUGUUUGAUCCUCACCGAAGAAGGGCUCAACACGUCAACCCGUGGCUACGUAAUCGCCUACCGAGCUCUCCAAACCGAUGAAAGCAGCGCGGUGACGCACGUGACACCCGCUUUGGUUUGACUCCCGCCUCUCCCGGGCAGCUGCCGGUGGCCGUCGCCUUACUGGUUACCGCCUACUCCCUGUUUCCGAGUCCUCUGAAGUCCUCGCCGUCGUCCGCCAUGAAUGACCGCAACUUUUCAGCUCCAAACCAACUCCAUUAAUUGUUUGGUCUUCGCCACGAAAAAGUAGAGCUCUCUUCUGUUCUCCUACUACAUUUGCGGCGGCUACAGGAAGACAAUUUAAAGAGGGAACUCCAACCUUUCAUCCUCCUUUCUUCCCCAGCUCUACACUUCAGUUUUGAUGGUGGAGCACUUUGGUCACCCACUUGGUGCGUUUAGGAUUUGUAAAGGCGACACCUUUACCACUCUCCAUCCUUCUCUGCCUCAAGGAAUCAGCUGAACCCGGUAACAGGGGAACUUGGAGUUCCAGUUUUGGAGGCUUGUUUUGGUGAUCAGCUACGAUGGUGAAGAAAGGAGUUUCUUUGGUGUCUUUUUGGGAGCAAAGAUGGAGCUUCUUGUUCUUCUUCCUCUUCCUUCAAGGUCUGCACACCAAGUCCCAGGGCUGCUACUCUGGUGAUCUCAAAGCCUUGCUGGAUUUCUCGCGAGGGUUGGAUUCUGGGGUCAAAAGUUGGAGCUUUAAUGCCUCCUCGUCCGAUUGCUGCGGCUGGCCUGGCGUUUCUUGCGAGGAUUCGGUGGAUUCUGGACGACGAGUGAUUGGGUUGGAGAUCCAAAAUAUGAGCUUGAAGGGUUCCCUCUCGGAUUCCCUGACCGAAUUGGAUCAUCUUGUACACCUUAAUCUUUCUUCCAAUCUCCUUAAAGGCACUGUUCCAUCUGCGCUAUUUCAUCUUCGCCGGUUGGAGCUGCUCGAUCUCAGCUUGAACGAGUUCUCCGGCUCGAUUCCGGUUGAUCUAUACCUUCCUUCGAUUCUGGUUUUCGAUCUCUCCUAUAAUAUCUUCAAUGGCAGUCUUCCGGCCUUCACCGGAUCAACAAAAUUGAUGACGCUCGAUGUCAGCUUCAAUGCGUUCUCCGGCAGCCUUGACAUGUCAAUAUGCAGUUCUUCUCCUGGAAUUAGAAUCCUUCGGCUCUCGACGAACAACUUCUACGGCCAACUCCCGGAGGACGUUGCGAACUGCAAUUCUCUCGAGGAACUCUACAUUGAUCUGAAUGAGAUCUCCGGGAAUCUGCCAGAGGCGCUGUUCAAGCUGUCAUCUUUGAGGACACUAAAUCUUCAAGAGAAUCAACUAUCAGGCAGAUUGAGCUCAAGCUUGGGAAAUCUCUCUAACCUUGAGCAGUUGGAUCUCUCACUGAAUUCGUUCUCAGGUUAUCUUCCGGAUGUCUUUGACAGAUUAAACAAGCUUCAAUAUUUGUCUUCCCAUUCCAAUGGCUUUGGAGGUCAUCUACCUUCUUCCUUGUCGAACUUGUCAUCUCUCCGAGUGCUCAAUCUGAGGAACAAUUCGCUCGCUGGCGAGAUCACUCUCAACUGCACGAUUAUGACUCGCUUGAGCUAUCUUGAUCUCGGAACGAACUCCUUCACCGGCCCUAUUCCUUAUAGCAUGCAUCAGUGUGCGGCGCUGCGAACUCUGAAUCUUGCAAGGAACAACCUGAGCGGCGAAGUCCCGAUUAGCUUCAAGAAUUUUGUUUGGCUAUCGUACCUCUCUCUCUCCAACAACAGCUUGUCGAACAUCUCCUCGGCCAUGGAGACCCUGCAGGGUCUCCCGAGACUCACCGGUUUGGUCCUCACCAUGAGCUUCCAUGGCAGGGAGACGAUGCCAGUGGACGGGAUUCAAGGAUUUCGACAGAUACAGCUUCUUGUUAUCGCAAACUGCGGCCUUUCUGGAUCAGUGCCGCCGUGGCUGGCCAACUGCACCAAAUUGAUGGUCUUGGAUUUGUCUUGGAAUCAUUUGGAAGGGACGAUCCCUUCAUGGAUGGGGAAUCUUCAUCACCUUUUCUACUUGGAUUUGUCUAACAAUUCACUCAGCGGCGAGAUCCCAGAAAGUUUGGCUUAUGCCAAGGGCCUCAUCUCCUCCAAUACUUCACAGCAAGGACCUCCAACAGAGUAUUUUCCCUUCUUCAUCAAAAGGAACAACAGUAGGAAGGGAUUGCAGUAUAACCAACUCAGCAGCUUUCCACCAUCCUUGAUUCUGUGCAGUAACAUGCUUGACGGACCAAUCCCGCCGGGGCUUGGCAACCUGAAGAGGCUCCAUGCACUGGACCUAAGCAAGAACAAGCUGUCAGGGACCAUACCUGAUGAGUUAUCGGGCAUGUCAAGCUUAGAGAGCUUAGAUUUGUCGCACAAUGACCUCACGGGACGAAUCCCUCUGUCGCUAACCAGGUUGAAUUUUCUUUCCAGUUUCUGCGUCGCCUACAAUAAUUUGAGUGGCUCCAUCCCAACCGGCGGCCAAUUCUCGACCUUCUCGAGCUCCGAUUUCGAGGGGAACCCAGGUCUCUGUGGCUAUCACUCGAACUCUUGUUCUCAUGAUCUACCUGAAGCUCCGGAUCAAACAGUCGGCGGUCAAAGGCAGGAUAGGGGUUUGAUCAUUGGAACAAUCGCUGGAGCUGGAUUCGGAACAGCUUUUCUUCUGGUUCUCAUCUACUUGUUUGUCUCAAGGACUUGGUACCGCAGGAAGGAGGACACAGUAAAGCCAAUAGCGGAUUGCAAUGGAAGCUUAGAGGCAGGGGGGCCGAGUUUAGUGCUCCUGUUUCAGAACAAGGACAACAAGGAGCUAAGCAUCAGUGACAUCUUGAGAUCAAGCAACAACUUCGACCAGGCCAACAUCAUUGGGUGUGGAGGCUUCGGACUGGUGUACAAAGCAACUCUGCCAGGGGGGAGGAACGUGGCAAUCAAGCGGCUCUCCGGCGACUACGGCCAGAUGGAGAGGGAGUUCCAGGCCGAGGUAGAAGCUCUUUCCAGAGCUCAACACAGCAACCUGGUUCUGCUUCAAGGUUACUGCAAGAUUGGGAGUGACAGACUUCUGAUCUACUCAUAUAUGGAGAAUGGAAGCUUGGACUACUGGCUUCACGAGAAGGUCGAAGGAGGAUCUAUGCUGGAUUGGCGCAAAAGGCUUCGGAUAGCACAAGGAGCAGCAAGGGGAUUGGUGUACUUGCACCAGUCGUGCGAUCCCCACAUACUGCACCGCGACAUCAAGUCGAGCAACAUCCUGCUCGACGAAAUGUUCGAAGCUCACCUGGCCGAUUUCGGCCUUGCUCGGCUCAUUCUGCCGUAUGACACGCAUGUCACCACGGAUUUGGUCGGCACUUUGGGCUACAUCCCACCUGAGUAUGGCCAGUCCUCGGUUGCCACCUUCAAGGGUGACAUAUAUAGCUUCGGCGUCGUUCUUCUGGAGUUGCUCACCGGGAAGAGGCCACUGGAUAUGUGCAAGCCGAAAGGUGGGAGGGAGUUGGUGUCGUGGGUUGUCCAGAUGAAGAAGGAGACGAGGGAAGCAGAGGUGUUCGAUCCGUGUAUCCACGAGAAGGCGGUCGAGCGCCAGCUGAUGCAGAUGCUUGAGAUCGCUUGUCUUUGCUUGAGUGACUCCCCCAAGCUGAGGCCUUCGACAAAGAUGCUUGUUCAAUGGCUUGAUAACAUUGGUGUUUGAGUAAGGUUAUCUUCUUCCAUCAUGCAGAAUGGAGCUCUCUUUUUGUGCUUGCUGAUCGCUUGAGAAUGCUGGUGCAUUAUGUUCUGGAGUUGGAUGGCUUGAUAACCUUAGGGGCAGGAGUUCCUUCAUUACUAGUACAGGUAUGUCGCAAGGAAAUGAUCCAAGUUACUCUCAGGAAGACGACAAAGUCUACACUGUUAUCAUUAAGCACUGAUCUAUGGUAAUUGGUAGGAAGAUUUCCAUUAAGUAGGAGAUUAUAGUGACAAAGAUGUUCUUCUUUGUAUCUCAUGUUUGGAAUGUUCUUAGAUUUUUUGUAAUUAAGAAUAUCAUGUAGCUUAUGAUGAACAAGAAUAUUAGCUGAAGUUGCAUUCCUUUUCCUUCAA